AUGGAUCAGACUAAGCAGGAGGAGGAGUACGGAUACGACCUGUUCCCGGAGAGGAACAAGGGCAAGUUCAAAAAGGGAUCUAUAGCCGAGAGUCUGUUCACUUUCAACCACAAGUGUCAGGUCAUGCUGCAGUUCGCCAUGGAGACUAGUCCGUACGCCAAGCUGCUGCUGGGGGCCAUGCAGAGCUCCGGCUGCACGGUGUUCAAAGACCGACACUUCUCCUGUGAAGAGUGCGACGGGACCGUGAGCGGAGGCUUCGACGCCGCGUCCUCUCAGAUCGUCUUGUGUCAGAACAACAUCCACCAGCAGUCCCACAUGAACCGCGUGGUGACGCACGAGCUGAUCCACGCCUUCGACCACUGCCGCGCCCACGUCGACUGGUUCAACAACUUCAGACACCUGGCCUGCUCCGAGAUCCGAGCUGCUAAUCUGAGCGGAGAUUGUUCCUUUAGCAACGAAGUCGCCAGAUUCAACUUUGGCCUGAAGCAGCAUCAUCAGGAGUGCGUUCGAGGCCGGGCGCUGCGCUCCAUCCUGGCCGUGAGGAAAAUCAGCCGACAGGAGGCGGAGAAAAUCGUGGACGAGGUCUUCGACACGUGCUUCAACGACCACGCGCCGUUCGGCCGGAUCCCGCACGGCAACAAGGACGCCAGGUUCGCCUACAGAGAUUACAAGAACAGAGAUCGAUACUACGCCAACCUUUAGCGCCACCCUGUCCGACUGAACUCCCAGGGCGCCUCGGCGUUGGCCAGUCAGCAGAACGACUGUGUGUCCAAAACCGUCAUGAAAACCCCACUGAGGGGAGUUUUCACUGAAUGUUUUGUCUAAUUAAAAGCUAAUCUGGUGAAGCCGAGGAAGGAAAAGCUACACUUAACUUCCCACCUUUCGGACAUUAAUUCAGCAUAAAGGGACGGUAGGGAGUCAUUUCGCUCAGCAGAGUUAGCCAGGACGCCAGUGAUUGUCAUUGUUUUUUUAAAAAAAAAUAAUCAGUGGAUGCUGCACCCAGUUUUUCCUGUUUGACCGUAAAUGUUUGAGCUGCUGUCAGGCCAUAAAAAAUCAUCCGACGACCAGUGAACGCGUGUUUCGUCCUCGUCUCAUGUUGCCACAUCGACCUCCGCCGACUGAGAACAGAAGGUUCUUGUACAUAGAGCUUAUUGUGCUUAACUUAAAUAGUCAAUUUUGUUUGAAUUAAAGUUUGAUUCUUAUGAAAAACUGA